AUGAGCAAAAUAGAUUUAAACCGCCAACACCCACCAGCCUCACUCAAUUUUGCACAGCUCCUUCAAAAACAAACCACAACUCCAAAAACCACACCUAAACCUCGUCCAAAACUCCCAAAAAGAGCACAACCACCCAUCCCUCCACUUGUUACAAAAAAUAAAGAAUAUUCCCCAAAGUCUUUUAUGAAACAAGACCCAUUAUCACCAAUAACUAGAAACGCAGAGAUGCUCCCUCCUGUUCCCCCUAAAAGAAAAGGACCAGAAAAGACCAAUCAAAACACUGAUGAGAAAAGUGAAAAUGAAAAGAAGAUUGAUGAAGAGAAGGAACGGCUUAGAAAAGAAAAUGAAUUAUUGAAACAACAACUAUUAUUGGAAAAGCAAAAAGAGGAAGAACGAAUUGAAAAUGAAAACAAAGAGAAACUGAGAAAGGAAAAUGAACGACUCAAAGUUGAACUUGAGACUCAAAAACAGAAAGAAAAGGAGAGACUUUUAGCUGAACAAAAUCAAAAGAUCGAAGAAGAGAAAAAACGAAGAGAAGAAGAAGAGAUGAUUGAAAGAGUCAAACAAGCAAAAUUAAAGCAGAAAGCAGAAGAGGAAGAACAAGCAAAACGAAACAAAGAAGACAAAAAGAAGACACGUCACCGUUUUACGUCGGACUCUAAAAGCUCGUCCGGGGAGUCUUCUGCUUCCAAGAAACAGAAGAAGAGCUCCGACAAAAGUGGGUCAGAAAAGUCCAAGAAAAUCAAAAAUGUGCAACCGAAGAUGUCGAUGUCUAUGAGUAAAUUAGAAAGAAGAGAGAAGAGUGGAAUACUUUCAGUGGGGUCGAGCAAAAUUGUUAAUAUCACCACGCCGACAAUCGUCACACCAAUUAAAAGUCCAUUGGACUAUAUGACUACCCCGAAACUAAAGAAAGAAAUUGCUGUCCCUAUCUUCUUAAAUAACUUGAAAGAAAAAUUGAAUAAAGGCUCGGAACUUAUAUCCUCAGUUAAAUCAGUCUUACACAAUCAAGCUAUUCACACUCUAAUUCACAGAAAUCGAGCAGUCGAGGGAGUUUGUAAAUACAUCAAAAACGGAGGUAAAAAUGAAGGAAUGCUGACGACUUGUCUUGUUGAGGUUGGCGAUGGGUACCAGAGUUAUUGUGUGAUGUGCGAAGAAUCAUUGAACUACUUUAGUCGGAGUAUGCUUGCUAUUGUCGAUGAUAUGAAAAAUGACUCUGAAGAGAGGGACAAGUUGUUUUCAGCUGUGAAAGACACGUUAAUCACAAAUGAGGAAAUCACAUUCUGGGAAACGUAUUUGGUCGACUGUGAAAGUAACACAACAGGCAUUGAAAUGCUCAAAAAGAUCAAACAAAGAGGAGAAGAAAAAGUUCAAAAAAGCAUCGAAAAAAUCAAGCAACUGGCUCGAAUGGAACAACAGAUUGGGGAUUGGGAAUCAGGAGAGAAGUAUGGAGUCUUUGCUUUUGGAAGAAAUAUUCAGGAAGAAAACACCAUUGAAGUUUAUGAUGGUGAGAAUUGGGGAGAAGGUGUAAUCCUUUAUUGUAACGACAUCAUUGUCAUCAAGAACAAGCAAGAGAUACUAUUUGUGGAAGAGUAUGAAAACUUUAAAAUCGAGAAUGUGUUUGAGAAUGUAUGGAGUGUGUCUAAAGAAGGCAGAGGUGUGUGUUACAUCAAAACUGACCAUAUCGAAGAGUUUACUCAAAAGGUGAAUACAAAGAGAGUUAGUGGAGAGAAUUUCUAUCAGUUCCCCAUUGAGCUUUGA